GCAGAGUGCGCAUGAUUACUGGACGAGGCAGAAACAAACACCCUCCUCCAAAAUCUGGGAAGGAGAAAAAAAAAAAAGACAAACAGGGGUGUCGGAUGCUUUCAAGAUGGCUAAGCCCAUUUUAAUUCCCAUCCCGCUAAAUGGCGGGAAACUGGGGGAGAAACCCGCUUUAGCACCAGCGUGGCCGCCAUGCCCAUUGGCUUCCCUCCAGCGUGGGUGGCCCGCAAUGCUCGCGUGGGCAAUCUGCGGACGACAACGCAUUGCAUGGCAUGGCAUGGCAGCGCAUAUGCGGGCGAUUUGGAGGUCGCAGUCAAGGAUUUGCCGAGCUCAUAUGCACGGAAAUCUGCUUCCGGAAUAGCUGUCGCCGCGGGAGGAUUGGAGCGGGAAGGGAGCUUCCUCCAGGACAACGGUGCUAGCAGCAUGUAGGUAUUUGCAUGCUGCAGCACAACCUCCGGCCUCCAGGCCAGGGAUCUGGGUCGACGGCAGCCAUUCAUUCGUGGGCAAUCUCGAUCGCCAGCGCCUUUGCGCGGAUGCUAGGCACGGAGCAUUGGCAGUAGCUGCGGUUGCAGCGGCAGAGCCAACCAUAACCAUGGCCGGCCAGCAAGUCCGAAACCUUCCAAAGGGGCUGCCGCUCUUCUCCCUGGCAUGUAACGAAGCGGAAGCCAACCCGAGUCUGCGUAGCGACGUGAAGCGAGAGAUGCGGAGUGGCGCCCCGAGCAACAGCGUCAAGCACAACGAGGGGGCACGAAAACAAGGGACCGGUCCAAAAGGGUCACGCCUCGCCCAUUUAGAGUUGCGGUUUGCAUAUGCCUAUCCUUCGCGGGCAAUUGGUGUCGGUGGUGUGUGCGUCGUAUGGCUUUGGCACGGCGGUAUGGCAUGUUUGCUCCUCGGAAAACUUACUACCGAAAGGCGGCACACCAUGGCCACGUCCGCAUGUGUCUAUCAAGCAGGGAACUUUUUCAUUUGCUCUGCCUUGUUGUCUUUUGCUUGCAUUGUUGCGGCAUUUGCGGCUACGCCAACCAGAUGGCCUCGUCACAAUUGCUUUGCUCGUGGUCAUGCAUAAUCUUCACCCUUGCCCCAGCUUUGGGC